CAUCAGAGAGCGAGAGAGAGAGAAAGAGAGAGAGAGAGAGAGAGAGAGAGAGAGAGAGGUCCUUGCAGCCAGACUCCUCUCUGUCAGUCCUCAGCUGCAAAGCGAGUGUGACGGACCUCCUCCUCCUCCUUCUCCUCCUCCUCUUCCUGCACCUCCUCUCUGCUUAUCGUCCGCACCGGCCAGGAUGAUGGACCGGCACCGUCCAGCGCGCGGAUUCACGCUCUUACUUGCUGCCGCUUUGUGGAUUUUCUGCCGCGUCACCGGAGCGCACGGAGCUUUGACAACAAGCCAGAAGUGUGAUGAACCUCUGGCCUCUGCUCUGCCUCACACGGCCUUCACCAGCUCAUCUGUCUUCUCCAACGGUUAUGCACCUGGAUAUGCGAAGCUCAACAAGAGAGGAGAGAAGUGUGAUGAACCUCUGGCCUCUGCUCUGCCUCACACGGCCUUCACCAGCUCAUCUGUCUUCUCCAACGGUUAUGCACCUGGAUAUGCGAAGCUCAACAAGAGAGGAGGUGCUGGUGGAUGGUCUCCUUUAGACAGUGAUCACUAUCAGUGGCUACAGGUGGACCUGGGUUCCAGAAAGCAGGUCAGCGCCAUAGCAACCCAGGGUCGUUACAGCAGUUCUGACUGGACUACUCGGUACCGCCUCCUCUAUAGUGACACAGGACGGAACUGGAAACCAUACCACCAAGAUGGCAACAUUUGGGCUUUCUCUGGGAACUCCAACUCUGAGAGUGUGGUCCGUCAUGAGCUGCAGCAGGGAUUUGUGGCCCGUUUCCUCAGGCUGAUCCCACUCGACUGGAGCGAGGAGGGACGGAUCGGUCUGCGCAUCGAAAUCUACGGCUGCUCGUACUGGGCGGAUGUGAUCAACUUUGAUGGCCAGGGUGUAAUCUCAUAUCGUUUCAAGGUGAAGAAGAUGAAGAUCAUUAAGGAUGUGAUCGCGCUGAGAUUCAAGACGUCGGACAGCGAGGGAGUCAUUCUCCACGGAGAGGGUCAGCAGGGAGACUACAUCACCCUGGAGCUCCGCAAGGCCAAACUGCUACUGCAGAUCAAUCUGGGCAGUAACCAGUACGGCUCAAUCCUGGGUCAUACCUCGGUGACCACGGGCAGCCUCUUGGAUGAUAACCACUGGCACUCUGUGGUUAUUGAACGUUACCGCCGUAAUGUCAACUUCACCUUGGACAGGCACACUCAGCACUUCAGGACUAACGGGGAGUUUGACCACCUGGAUUUGGACUAUGAGUUGAGUUUUGGGGGGAUGCCCUACAGUGGGAAGCCUGUGGGAGGAGGGAGGAAGAACUUCAAGGGCUGUAUGGAGAGCAUCAACUACAACGGAGACAACAUUACUGACCUGGCCCGGCGAAAGAAACUCGACACCUCCAGCUUUCGGAACCUGUCCUUCUCCUGCGUGGAGACCCACACCUUCCCAGUCUUUUUCAAUUCCACCAGCUUCCUGCAGCUGCCAGGUCGAGCCAAUCACAACACUGUGUCCGUGGGCUUCCAGUUUCAAACCUGGAAUCCUGAUGGACUUCUCCUCUUCAGUAAUCUUGAUGAUGGGACGCUGGAGAUCUCUCUUGAGGAGGGCAAAGUUUCAGUUCGUAUCAAUACGACGAAGGCGGCCAAAAACAACCGAGUCGACUUAUCAGCAGGUUCAGGCCUCAAUGAUGGUCAGUGGCACGCAGUGCGUCUGGUUGCCAAGGAGAACUUUGCUAUGUUGACGAUUGAUGGCGAUGAGUCAUCUGCUGUACGCUCCACCUCACCUCUCGCUAUCAAUGCUGGAGGAACUUACCAUUUGGGAGGUUUCUAUCUAAAACACUGUUUCCCGCCCUCUCAGCGUUCCUUCCAGGGCUGCAUGCAGGCCAUCCUGGUGGACGACCAAUCCGCUGACCUGCACGCUUUGGAGAAAGGCACUGUGGGAGCCUUUGAGAACGUCAGCCUGGACAUGUGUGCAAUCAUAGAUAGGUGUAUGCCGAACCACUGUGAACACGGCGGGCGCUGCAGACAGACGUGGGAUAGUUUCAGCUGCUCCUGUGAUGGAACCGGAUACACUGGCUCCGCCUGCCACACUUCCAUCUACGAGCCAUCCUGUGAAGCCUAUAAGCACUUGGGCAGGUCCUCUGACACCUACUGGAUCGAUCCCGAUGGCAGCGGGCCCCUCGGCCCCUUCAAAGUGAGCUGCAACAUGACAGAGGACAAGGUGUGGACGACCGUUAUGAACAACCUACCACCCAAAACUCCAGUCAGCGGCUCCAGUAGAGAGAGACGCACCGUCCUCCAGGUCAACUACAGCGCCUCUAUGGACCAGGUGACAGCCGUCACCACCAGUGCAGAAUACUGUGAGCAGCAAAUUGCCUACAGCUGUCGUAUGUCCAGGCUGCUCAACACUCCAGGCGGGAUGCCAUUCACGUGGUGGGUUGCGGGCAGCGAGAAACACUUCUACUGGGGCGGCUCGGGACCUGGCAUCCAGAAAUGUGCUUGUGGCAUCGACAGGAACUGCACUGACCUCAGAUACGACUGCAAUUGUGACGCCGACCACGACCAGUGGCAGGAAGAUUCUGGUCUUUUGGUUCAUAAGGAUCAUCUGCCAGUCAGCCAGGUUGCUGUGGGUGACACGAACAGGCCGGGCUCUGAGGCCAAGCUGACUGUCGGCCCGCUUCGCUGCCAAGGUGAUGACAGCUACUGGAACGCGGCCUCUUUCACCACCCCGUCAUCCUACCUGCACUUUGCCACCUUCCAGGGUGAAACCAGUGCAGACAUCUCUUUCUAUUUCAAGACCAGCGCGCCUUACGGGGUCUUCCUGGAAAACCUGGGCAACACCGACUUCAUACGAUUGGAGCUAAAAUCUCCUCACGUCGUCUCCUUCUCCUUUGAUGUCGGAAAUGGGCCAGUGGAGUUAACGGUGCAUUCAGACACACCCCUUAAUGACGACCAGUGGCAUCGCGUAAUGGCUGAGCGGAACGUUAAAGAGGCGGUCCUAGAGCUGGAUCAGACGUAUCGAUCGUCACGGCUGGCCCCCACACAGGGCCACACACGGCUGGAACUGUUCAGUCAGCUUUAUGUGGGGAAACCAGCUUCUCUCACCUGCCAAGACAGUGCUGCAGGAGGCCAGCGAGGGUUCCUGGGCUGUAUCCGAGCUCUGAGGAUGAACGGUAUCAUCCUCGACCUCGAGGAAAGGGCCGAGGUCACGCCUGGUGUCAAGCCCGGUUGCCAGGGGCACUGCACCAGUUAUGGGAUGUACUGUCGGAAUGGAGGAAAGUGUGUGGAGAAAUACAAUGGCUACUCGUGCGACUGUACCAACACUGCCUACGAUGGCCCUUUCUGCACCAAAGAUAUUGGGGGGUUCUUUGAAGCAGGGACGAUGGUCAAAUACAAUUUCCUGCCUGAAGUGGUAGCAGGAGCCAGUAGAGACUCAAAGAUCCUGUCGCAUCAUCUGAUACCACGCGAAGUGAAUCUGACGAAGGAGGACGUGGCUUUUAGUUUCAGCACGUCCAGCGCUCCGGCCAUUCUGCUGUACGUGAGCUCCAAGGUGCAAGACUACCUCGCCGUGGUGCUCAGGCAGAAUGGUUCCUUACAGGUGCGGUACAACCUGGGCGGUCUGAGGGAGCCGUUUGUUAUGGAGGUGGACCAGCGUAACCUGGCUAACGGACAGCCACACACCAUCAACAUGACGCGUAUCAACAGGAGCAUCACAAUCCAGCUGGAUCACUACCCUCCGGUCAGCUACACCCUCCCAGACGCCUCAGACACAUACUUCAACCUGGUCAAGACACUGUUCUUGGGGAAGGUUUUUGAAACUGGAAACGUCGACCCGGUGCUUAUUGAGCGUUACAACAGUCCCGGCUUUGUGGGCUGCUUGUCUCGAGUACAGUUCAACGGAGUAGCUCCCCUCAAGUCUGCGCUGAGAACCACCAUUCAGACUCAAGCUCCACCCAUAUCCGGUCAGUCGGACAAGCAGCCUCCAGGCACCUCCACAGUGUCGUCAGGGAAACUGGUGGAAUCUAACUGCGGCGCUUCACCUCUUACCAUCCCGCCAAUGUCUGCAGCAACAGAUCCCUGGCAUCUGGACAACACAGGUGAGGAUUAUUCCCUUAAUGAGGAAAGAGUGAUUCCUGAUGGAGUAAACAGAAACUCGGCCAUUAUUGGAGGUAUCAUUGCGGUGGUGAUCUUCACCAUCUUAUGCACACUGGUGUUUCUGAUCCGCUACAUGUUCCGUCACAAGGGCACCUACCACACCAACGAGGCCAAGGGCAGUGGCGAGUCACGCGGCGGAUCGGUGGACACGGCGAUCAUUGGCACCGACAACCCGGAAACCAUCGACGAGUCAAAGAAGGAGUGUUCAUCUAACAGCCACUGACGGGAGACUGUGAGGUUUCAUUCAGUGACCCAAUCACAGGCCGUUCUGCUGGACUGUUACCUCCCACAGGGACCUGGGACGUGGAAAACACAUGUACAGAUUUCUUUUUGUUUGUUUUUGGUUUUUUAUAUAUACAUUAUAUAUUAUCAGAGUAUUAGAAGGAGGAGGACAGCCACUGGUUGAAGCACGUCUAUGACAAACUGUCCAUGUACAUACUAACCAGCUCGUCCUUCUUUGUAUCGUGCUUGGGAGUUUUCAGGAGUCCUUUGAAUACCGUAUAUGACAAAUACUUAUAAUUACCGGGUGGUGUGCUAGCACAGAUUUAAUGACAGUCUCUUUUUGCAUUUUGACUUGAUUUUCUUAAAAAAAUCUCAUCUCACUGGUCAAGACGAUCACGCCAAACUGUUUCAGCCUGUCUGCACUCGACUCCGCGUAUACUGUGGUAAUAUAGAGUUGAA